AUGGAUCCUCCAACACCAGUAAUUUAUCUCUUGCCAACUCACUUGACUUCUGAUGAGCUGCGCCAGUGGGGAGACAGGGUAGCGAGUAUCGCUCGCGUCACUCAGGUCGCUAGCGAAGCGGAUUUCAUCGUUGGAAAGAUCUCCCAGAGACUGCGGGCCCAGUUUGAGCUGCGGAAAUUGAAGCUGUCCGCAGAGGAGGCAUCAUCUUCGGUGGGCGAGCCAGACUCAACCCCUAGGGCAAAGAGGCGAAAGAUCUCCAGUACCGAGGACUAUGCCUUGCGCAGCAGCUCAUUCGAAGACUCCGACAAUGAGCUCACCCAAGACCAGAAGACAUCGACCACGGCUACGAGGAAGGUCAUUCGACUUGCCUGGCUGCAAGACUCGUUGUCGAAAGGCAGCUUGCUAGACUACAGAGAUUACCUGGUAUACACGGCUCUCAAAGAACCAGCAGCCCCAGCGCCAAGGCUGUACAAGGCAGUCGAGCCGUCUACGCCACACAGUCUACCGCAUCGAGACCAGCGAGCCCCAUCCUCAGUCCUGCCAUCUCGACGGCGAAGGGAUAGACAAGAGCACCAUCGCAAGGUCCCGCCUCUCCUGCCUCAGUCUACAUCGGAGGAAAAGGCCAUUUCUGACUUGCCCCCGGUCCCCGAGUACUUGCACACCAGCUACGCGUGCCAACGAUCAACAGUUGUUCAUCCACCAAAUGAAGCAUUCAUUGAGAAGUUGAGGGAGGUCAGAGAGCUCAGGUCCAUAAAGGAAGUGCGAAGACUGCCGGGCUGUGAUGGAAAGAUCGCUUUCUUGUUCUCGGAAUUCAAAGACUCCGGCGAGCUGUCUGAGAUUCAGAAGGCAGCCUCGGAUCAGAAGAUGACGGCCAUCAAGACCUUUACCAAUAUCUUUGGGGUCUCCGCCGUAACGGCCGAAAGCUUCUAUCGGAGAGGCUGGCGGGAUCUCGACGACAUUGUUGAGUAUGGUUGGAACACAAUCACCCGGUCACAACAAAUCGGUGUCAAGUACUACGAGGAAUUUCUGACGAAAAUACCGCGGAGAGAAACGGAAUCCAUUGCGGGAACGGUUCUCCAGCAUGCGAACAGGAUCCACGAAGGCUUCCAGAUGACCAUAGUCGGAGGAUACCGCAGAGGCAAAUUGAUGGGCGGUGACGUCGACAUCAUGUUGAGCCAUCGGGAUGAGGAAGUCACACAUAGCUUCAUCGACAAGUUGGUCGUCAGCCUGGAAAACGACAAGUUUAUCACCCACACGCUCACCUUGAGUACCCACAACAGUGAGCGAGGCCAGCGGCCUACAAGUUUCAAGCCAUCACCAUCCGGGGGCGCAGGGUUCGACACGCUUGACAAGGCUCUUGUGGUCUGGCAGGAUCCUCGAUACGAACCUACUGCGGCCGCAUCCACGAAUCCAAAUCCCCAUCGCAGAGUAGACAUUCUCAUCAGUCCAUGGAAGACCGUCGGCUGUGCGGUCUUGGGCUGGUCUUCGGAAACAACAUUUCAACGCGACCUUCGAAGGUACUGCAAGUACGAGAGAAACCUCAAGUUCGACAGCAGCGGCAUCAGGUCCCGCAAGCCCCCAUACGACUGGGUGGACCUAGAAGACGGCGGAAAAGGACCGCCAGCAACCAUGGAGGAGGCAGAGAAGAGGGUAUUUGAGGGACUGGGACUGGUAUUCAGAGCUCCAGCGGAGAGGUGCACCGGAUGA